AGGUCGCCGGUGGAGACGGCGAGCUUCACGGCCCGCUCCUCGUCCUGCAGGAAGGCGAGCGCCCGGCCCAGGCGGGAGCUCUUUCCGCCCCGGUGCCUCUGCACCCAGAAGAGGCAGAGCAGGGCGACCAGGACCCAGCUGAAGCUCAGCCCCAGAAAAGAACCAAAGACGACACUUGGAAAUCUGAUGAACUAAAGAAGCAUCUUAAGUUGUCUCGAUCAGAUAGUCAGUCCAAAGACAGGCGGCAUCGAGAGAGGAAAACACGAGAUGGAGAUGGUAAUGAUCCUGAUGAGUACAGAUGGAACUUACAUAAGGAUCAAGAGAAGGACAGGGUAAAAUCAAAAGAAAAAGCAGGGGAAAGAUAUAAAUCAAGUGAAAGAUAUAGAGAUGAAAAGCGAGAGAAAGGAAGAGAAAAAGAUCAUCCCAGAGAACAAGAAAAAAAUAAGGGGGCUCAUGAAAAAUAUACCCAUGAAGGAAAACAUAGCACUGGGAAAGGUGGAGAAAGACACAGUGGUAAAGAAAGGGAGCAGAGGCACAGAAAAGAGGAUACCAAUCAAACGUAUGUGCAGAACACCAUUGAGGCUUCUGGGGAAAGGAAUGAAGGACACCAUAGAAGAAGAGACAGCAAAGAUCAUGCAGAUCAUCGAAAGAUGAGAGAUGAUGAAAAAGAGAGAAGGCAUUCAGAGAAAAAGAAUGAGAGAAGCAAGUAUUUGGGAGAUGUUUUAACACACCGUGAUGAAGAGCGAGAGCACAGACACAGAUCACACAAAGAACAAGAACUAUAUAAGGAGAGAAAGAGAAGGCAUAAAGAGAAGAAAGAGCAUGAACAUUCAGCUGUGGAAGCAAAUGAGAAGCUGUUGAAUGAAAGAAGCCUCCCUUCUGGGGAAGAAGAACUUACGCCCAGAAAACAUAAAGAGCGACCCAACCAGGAAGACAGGCAUCAUACAAAAAACAGUGAAAGAAGACACAAAGAAGAACAUGAAAGAAAGAAGAGAGACCACAAGCGCAGUGAACACAAAAGCCAUGGAAGAACCUCAAAGCCUGAAGAUGAAUCAGAUCAUCCACAUGAAAGGACUUCAAAAGAAAAAGAAAAGAGCCAUGGCAAGAGUGAAAAAGAUAAUUCCAGACGAAAACAUCACAAAAAUAAUGAGCUCUCAGCAGAAGGACUACGCCCGAAAAAGCAAAGAAGUGAAGAAGAAGAAGAAAAUGAAGUGAUAAAGGACAUCACUCAUCCCUCUUCUCAAAAUACAGAUUAUGAUAAUUACUCAGUAAACUAUGAAGAUGAUUUUGAGGAUUAUGAAGAUGAUUUUGAUGAUCUAGAUGAUGAAGAUGAGGAGGAGGAUGAAGAUAGUCAGCAGCAAGAAAAGGAAGAAGUGGAGGAAGAAAGAGUGAGAAAGGUUCCUAUAGCCAAGAACUCAGAAAUAGAAGAAGUUCAAAAAGCAAUUAAUGCUGAAAAUGAAAAAAUCGAGAGUUUCCUUCCAAAACAAAGAAUAAAUGAGAGUUUCCUAAAAGAAUGUGAAAAGGAACUGAAAAUUGAAAGGAACGAUUCACCGUCUAAAAGCCCUGCUUCUGGGAAGUUCAUUGAUUUCCAAACUGCCAGACAACGACAAAGUACCAGAAAGAUUGCCAGUGAGCAGAAGAAACGUAGUUUUGAGCUGCUUCGCCUUAUUGACCUGGACUUUUCAGUCAGCUUCUGCUUGCUGGAUUUGCCUCCAGUGCAUGAAUAUGACAUGUAUAUCCGGAACUUUGGGAAAAUAAACACCAAGCAGGCCUAUGUUCAGUGGAAUGAAGAUAACCUGGAUAGGGAUGUUCAGACUGAGGAAAUAGAGACUCAGGAAAAGUGGACACAGCAUCCUGGAGAAACUGCCCUAGUGUCUGGAGGCCCCAAGAGCAACAGUGAUGUAUGUGCCCUUACACCGAAGAUCAAUUCCCAGAGAUUGGCAAGUUUUUUGCGAUCUGCUUGUCAGGUUAUUGAAGUUUUGCUUGAAGAAGAUCAAGUAGCAACACAACCCAGACGGAAUCUAAGAUCACGGCCAUCUAGUCUGUCUAUUAGCGACAGAUGCUUCCAGUUAAAUACCGAUCUUCCUUUCCUGACUGGUCGAAAAGUGUCCUGUUUGCACAUCUCACAGGCUCAGAGGCAGGCUCUGCUAUCUGUUCAUGGAUUACCUAAAGAACUGAGUGAUUUACAACUGGACAGAAAAUACCUAAUCUGUGUGUGGAAUGUCUGGCAACCUUCUAGUCCACAGAAAAUUUUAUUUUGUGAAUCACAGGUGACAUGUUGCUGCUUCAGUCCCAUCAAAGCUACGUUAGUGUUUGCUGGAACAGCUGAUGGUUCAGUGCUGGUAUGGGAUCUCAGAGAAGACUCUAGGAUGCAUCACUGCAUGAAGGUCAAUGAAACAGACUGGACAUUUCGAUCGCCAACAUUUUCUACUGAUGGAGUAUUUACCUCAGUAAACCACAUGUGUCCUGUACUGACUAUUGAAACUAUCUCAACAUCUGUCUUCAAGGAGCAAAAUUGUGGGCUCUCCUAUCUCUCAUCUCAGGAAGAAAUGUUAGGACUUUCGUUUCAGAUUGCCUCAAUGGAUGAAAAUGGGACUCUCAGUGUGUGGGUAGUCAUCGAACUUCAGAAAGGUGAUUUGGCUGGCUCACAAAAUGACUUGGGCUUAAUUCCUGGAGGAAAAGUAAAGUUGGUUCAUAGCUCUACAGUUCAGCUGAACUGCAGCUUUUCCCCAAAAGAUACUUGGUACCUGGGAAUACCCCAAACACUAAAUAUUAAAUUUCUGCCUUCUAAUCCUAAUCAUUUCAUUGUUGGAACAGACAUCGCUGUGGUGAGUCAUGGGACCAGGCAUGAGCUGAGAGUUCCUCCUAAGUGGUUCAAACCCCAGCAAGCUGGACCAAGAUCAACCGAAGUCAAUGCAAUAGAUUUCUCCCCCUUUGGAAAGCCAAUAUUUUUGGUGGGCUGUUCAGACGGGAGUAUACGAUUGCAUCACAUGACUUCUGAGCUCCCACUCAUGCAGUGGAACAACAGCACCAUGGGGCAGGCAAUCGUUGCCCUCCAGUGGGCACUGACCAGGCCAGCCGUGUUCUUUGUUCUGGAUGCCAUGUCUGUGGUUUACAUUUGGGACCUCCUAGAAAAUGACUUGGCACCCGUAGCCAAGCAGCCUAUCCUGUCAGAUAAGGUUGUGACUAUGGCUGUACUGGGUGAGCCUGAAAAGCCCAGUGGUCUCCUGGGGAUUGCACUGGCCAAAGAAUCUGGAAUAAUAGACAUUAAAUACGUAAAGAAGAAAUGGGCAGUGCCUCAGCCAGAGGAGUCUGAGAAAUUAAACUUAAUUUUACAGCAGGCCUUGUAAAAUCCAGACAAAUGCCUUUCUGUGAAUACACAAAUAUGGGCACAUGAAUUUAGAACUAUUUUGUUAAUAUUGGGAUAACUGUUGAUCAGACAUCACGUGGUUAAAUAAUUUCCUAUUUUUUAUCCAUUUUUGUAAAUAGUAUUUAUUUUUAAAGUAUCAACACAGUAUUUGAGUUUGAGAUAAAACUAUUUUCAUCCACUAUAUAGAAUAUAACCAAUAUUUAUGAAAUGAUGACACUCAAAAGGAAGAUGUAAAUUGUAUGUAUAUUUAAUUCCAGAAAUAUAUCCACAUGCUAUAUGCUAUGCUUUGUACAUGAUUACAAAUAUUUUGGAAUAAAAAACUGUAAAUAGUCCUACA